AUGUCCGAUCAGGUCCACGUUGUCACGCGAGCCACACUGAACUGCGCCAAUGAAGCAAUAGUAACCGCACUUGAGUCUCCAUUCAGAUUAGGUCCGAUGGACUAUCUCGUGUCUCCCCUGUUGACCAUUGAAGUCCUCUUUGUCUACAGAAAGCCUACAUCGUCACGGGACUCUGAUUUCAUUCCGGUACACAGGCUACAGCAAGCAGUAUCUCACCUCCUCGAUGACUAUCCACAGUUGACCGGUCGACUACAAGCAAACUCAAUCACUCAUGCUGCAGAAAUUGUCCGUUUUGGUACUGGAGUUGAGUUUUGGGAGGCACAAUGCAAGAGGAAACUCAGAAAUAUUGCCUCAUCAAGUCUGUCAGGCCGGAUCAUAGUGCCCCACCUUCCUGGAGGGGGAAAUUCCCUUCUUCCCAUCUUUCAUUCGACAGUUGGAUCAAUAUCCUACAAUGCCAUUCUCGCCAUCCAGCACACCCGAUUUGGCUGUGGGGGAGUCAGUCUUGGUAUUCGAGUCAAUCAUCAGGUCUGCGACGCCAAAGGUUUUCUCCAGCUCGUACGCGAUCUCGCUGAGAUAUACAGACAACUACGCGACUUUUCUCCUCCAACUCUCAUUUUUCCUCCCGAGAUCCGCUCACACUUUCGAGGCUUCCACAACCUUUCCCCCAACGGCAAGAGCAAGGCUCGUUCAUUCCAGCCUUCAAACUUUUACCUUCAAGGUCAUACGGAGAAUGCAGCUUUACCUGACUCAGAUACCUCCAAAGUUUCAGCCCGCUUGUUGCGCUUCUCUGGCCAAGAACUGGCCGACUUGAAAUGCGCUGCAACCGAUCCCGACCCGAAAAGCGGCACCUGGGUGUCUACAUUUGAGGCUCUCUCAGCAUAUCUUUAUCAGCGAGUUUAUCAGGCAAAAAUGCAGGUGCUAGAGGCCCGCGGAAUCUCUCCCCUCGGGCCCCGAUAUAAGCCGUUGCGCGGGUUCUGGACAACAAUGGACAUGCGGGAUCCAACCCGUCUGAAACUACCGCCACGUUACUUUCCCAACGCCGUCUACUGCCCUUCAACCUAUGCCUCACAUGAGAACCUCAUGAGAGGCCAUCUCUGGUACAUUGCAAAUAUCAUCCAUUAUGCGAUUCGAUCUGUCGAUAUGGAGGACGCCAAGAAGGAGUUCGAAUGGAUUGCCGCGCAGCCUGACCAAAGUCGGGUCAAGUGCAGUAAUGACUUUCUCGCAGGGGGAUUUGCCGUCAGUCAAUGGACCAGGGACAAUCCCUAUAUUGCUGUUGACUUCGAAGUUCGCGAAGACGGUAGACCCGUUCCGCCUUCUUUGGUUUCCCUGCCUUUCCGUGGAAGUUAUCUGGUUGAUGGUUUGGCAAUGAUCCUCUCUACCGAGGAGCGACUGCAUCGGAGAAAAUUCAAUGGUGGGACUUCGACUGAAUGCGACAUCCCAUAUGCUCUUGAUGUCAAUCUCGCACUGAAUGACCUGGUAUGGCCAUUCCUCGAGCAGGACUCACAGUUUGUGAAGUACAUUUGUUGA